AUGGGUAAAAAGACAUUAGCAGAUGAGAUAGGAGAUUUUUAUAAACCAAAAAAUGAUUAUGAUAUUGAAGAUUUUGAUAUAGGAAGAACUCAAAAGGAUUUGUUUCAGCAUGAAGAUAAAGAUGAUAUCGAUGACGAAUCUAAUGAUGAUAAUUCAGAUCAAGAAUUGAAAAAUCAACAUUAUAUUGAAACACUGAAGUCUAAAUUAAGAAAUCGUCAAAGUUUGGAUUUGGGGAAAAAAUAUACAGGUGAUGUUAUUAGUAGAGAUCAAUUAUAUGAUGAUUCCGAAGAAGAUGAUGAGGAAGAUGUUGAUGAAGAUGAAGAUGUGGAUGAGGAAGAAGAAGAAGAAGUAGAUGAAGAGGAAAAUAUUAACAAUGACUCAGAAGAGGAAGAAGAAGAUUCAAGUGAAGAGCAAGAAAGUCUAGGGUCUAAAUUAUCACAAGACUCAGAUGAGGAUGAGUCAGAGGUAGAGAACGAAAGACCAGUCAAAUCAACUUCUUCACAUCAACGGAAUCUAGUCAAACAAUUGUUAGCUAAAGAGAAGAAACACAUUGUAAACAGGUUAUCACAAUCGACUAUAAACGAUGUGCUAAAAGGUUAUGCUGUGGAACAACAGAAUAAAUCGUAUGAAAAACUAGUUGAGUUGAGAAUAAAAUUUCAAAAAUCAGUUACUAGUAUGAAUCAGUUACCAAUUAAUUCAAAAGUAUAUGAAGAAAAUAAAUCAGCUGAUAGUGAUGAAUUAUUGGAAGAAGCAAAAAUUCAGCUUAUGGAAUUCUUGAGGAAUCUACUUGUAUUAAGAUCAAAAUUAGAGGAUACUUCAAUUAAACAACCUAAGAAGAGAUCAUUUGAAACAUUUUCAGAAGUUACGGAAUCUGCAGAUUCCAACUUAAACACACAAAGAGCUGUAAUCUUGAAUAAAUGGUCAUCUAAAAUUCAAAAUUCAUCAGGAAGUUCGGCUAUAAAUAACAGCAAAUUCAAAUCUAUAAAUCAAUCAUUUGAGCAACAAGUUAGGAACAACUUAUCAGAUAUGGAUCGUUUGGUUAAAAGGACUAAAUUAAAUAGAAGACAAGUAAUACCAAUGGGUUACACCGAUGAAAUCGAUGAAAAAAAUGAUGAAUUAAAAGAUGAUGAUGAUAUACCUAUAGAGAAUCAAAUACGUAAAAAAUCCCAAGGACAAGAAAUUCCUCAUAUUUUUGAUGAUGAAGAUUUUUACAGAAUUUUAUUAAAUGAUUUUGUUGAUAAAAAAAUUCAAUCAUCAGAAUCAUCUCAUUCAACAAGUAUGAUUAAAUCAAUUCAAAAAUCUAAUAAAUUGAAAAAUAAUGUAGAUACAAAGGCUUCAAAAGGUAGGAAAUUAAGAUAUCAUGUACAAGAUCAAAUUGCAAAUUUUGAAACUUCAACAGGAGGUUGGAAAUGGAAUGAUGAUCAAAUUGAUGAAUUUUUUGCAUCACUUUUAGGUCAAAAAGUUAACAUGAAUGAAAACGAUGAUUUAGAGAAUGGUGUAGAAGAGGAUGAAGAAGAGAUAGAUGAAAGUAAUGGUAUACGACUCUUUGGAUAA